AUGGCGAAGGCUGCUGCCGUCGUUCUGCUCGUCGCCGCCCUGCUUGGCUGCCUUGUCUCGGCGUCCCUCGCCGACCAGGGCACCGCCACCUACUACGGCCCCGUCUACACUCCGUCGGCGUGCUACGGAUACCAGGACGAGGGCACGAUGAUCGCGGCGGCGAGCGACGGGCUCUGGGACAACGGCGCGGCGUGCGGGCGGAUGUACCAGGUGUCCUGCGCCGGCGGCACCAACGCCACCCCGAACCCCUGCAAAGGCGGCAGCGUCACCGUCAAGAUCGUCGACCGCUGCCCGUCGCCGGGAUGCCAGGCCACGCUCGACCUCUCCCAGGAGGCCUUCAACACCAUCGGCAACCUCGACGCCGGCAAGAUCCUCAUCAACUACAACCAGGUGUAA